GAAUUAAUGCGCACUCCCGACGAGACUAUACAACGGUAUUGGGCAUUUCCCUGAACAGACAGAACACAAAAUUUGGGUUUCAUGUUCCUUACCUACCACAGCGUGGAUCUAUUUAUUAAAAAUUUCUUCGUAUUUGUAAUUAUUUGCAAUAAUAUUAUUAAUUUACAUUACCGGACAAUUAUUCAAUGAAAAGUAUUAUAAAAAAUAACGGGUUAAAAACAAUUUGUAAGUUCUGCCGGCCUUCGUCACAUGGACUGAAGUAGGAUGCAGUAUAGUGCUGAUUGUGCGUGAAAUAAAUUAGCUGGACAGUGCAUAUCAAAUGUACUGCAACCUGUCAAAAUAGUGCAGCGGUAAGUCGGAUGUAAACUCCGACUAGUGAGUUUGUUUACGUUUACUUUAUUAUGUUUGAAACUCGUCCGUGCAUCAAUGCAGGCUACGAGCCUGAACCGUGAUGGUUUGUGGGAGUAUACUUGACUAAAUGCAGAAACUAUAGUGCAGUUGUGAGAAAGGGUAUCCAGUGUCACAAACAUGACGGACACGAUGGUCAAGGUGAAGACCGAGCGGCCUGACGAGGCUGAGAUACGGGAGUUGGCAGCCAAAAUGGUGGAAGCCAACAAAGCCAAGGCGCUGGCGGCGUCUGUAGCCGCUGCGCGUCCACCACCCGGCUCGCUGGUGGGUGCUGGUCCUCCUGGACCUGGUGGUCAAAUGGCCAUCGUGAACUUUUUGGCGCGGAAGCCGAACGCUCCCGCGGUUGGCGAGCAGCGGCCGGCGCCCGAUGUCGAGAAGAAAACCCCGGCGCCUGAUGAGGCUAGCUGGAAAGGCCACUUUGGGUGGGACAUGCUGGGAAAAUGCCACAUUCCGUACAUCUACCGUUCUGGCGAGAAGUAUGUCGCCGUCAGGAUGGUAGAAAUCAAACUACUAAAUAAGUACCUGAACUAUUUGCAUGCAGAUAUAUAUUCCUGUACAUGUAUCAGGAGCUACUAUAUCACAGAGAUUGAGGCUAGGCUACUAAAUGAAAUCAACAAUAGGCACUGUGAUGGACAGUUUGGUCGGGAACCCUUCACACAGAAGGACUUGGUGGUGAGAUUGUUGGACGCUUAUGAGUUUUAUAACUUUUUGGAUGUUUGUUAUAAUAAGUUGUUGCGUGGGACAACAAAUAGUAAGGACAAGUGUGGAUUUAUUCGUAUAAAUAAAGAGUCUGUGGUGCCGUACACAGUGAGAGACAGUCAAAAGUUUGUGCCUCUGUUUUACUUUGAAGGGGAAACGGACAACUUGAAGUUGAAGGCGGACCAGUUGAAAGGGUGGGACUUGUCAUAUCUUAAGUUCUGUUGCAAAGUGCAGGGUAUAAGGAAUGAGUUGUUUGCGAGUGAGACUUGUUCAGUGAUUAGUUUAUCGGACAUCAAAAGCUACUUCCCACCGGGUACAGAAUUUGAAGAAUACUGGCCAAACAAAGUUGUGGACUCCCAACUACUAAUAUCAGCUAAAGGGUCUGUGGGCGGAGGCGGACAGUGGACUAGGGCGCCGCCGGCGCCGCCGCCGGGCGCGGGCGCGGGCGCGGGCGUGGGCGGCAGCACGCGGGGCCGCCGCGCCGCCGCCCAGCGUCACGCGCCGCCCUCCGCUGCGAUGCAGAUGCCGCACGCGAGCAUCUCCGCCGCCGCUGUACAGGCGCUCGCCAACAGCUGGAGCCUGCCCGGCACGCUCACGCAGGCGCAGACGCAGCAAGUGCUCAGGCUCGCGCAGGCACAAGUGGCAGCACAAGCGCAGGUUGCAGCGCGGUACAACAUCGCGGCGGCCGCUGCAGCGUUACCGCAACACCGCUCGCAACACCAACGUAAUGUACAGUUCCCCAACAGUGCAAUAACAAUGGCGAUGGGUCAGCAGCCACCCCCACCUCUGGUGAGGAGCUCGGCCAACACGUCGACAAUGAAUGUGCCCCCUCAAGUGACUGGAUCAAUGAAUGGCCACUCAACCUCUCACUCGGUGGACAGCCGCAAAAGGCUCACACCGAUACCCGACAUCAACAUUACUGGCAACCACACGCCAUAUAAGGUGCAAAAAGCAUUGGUGGAGAACACGAUGGUGCCGUGCAUCAACGCGAAGCCGUACCAGUACACGGAGCUGCUGAUGACGCUGCCGGACCUGGCGAGCCACUUCUUCCCGCGCGUGUCGCUGGUCACGUGCCGCGCCAUGCUCGACGCGCUCGCCCUAACACUAUUUAGGCCCAACGCAACACAACUGCAAGUGCUCCGCAACUCGGGCAAGUGCAAGACGGCGGCGGCCGGCGAGAACGGACUCGCGCUGGUGCAGAUCCGCGACGUGAUGCAGCACAUGCCGCAGUUCAAGUACAUGCUGCGCUCCGGGCACGCGGGCGAGGAGCCUCCCCUGCAGCCGCCGCGCCCCGCGCACGCCCACGCCCAGCACGCGCCGCACGCCCAGCACGCCCAGCACGCCCAGCACGCCCAGCACGCCUCCGGACACGCCAAGCGCGCGCGCGCCAACUGAGCCAGCAUCGCCGCCAACACGCGCAGCGCGCGUCCGGCACGAUAAGCGCGCGCAGCAUGCGUUAGGACGUGCUAACUAAGCUCGUGUCUCCGCACCGAUGCUAUUAGACACGCUUUUGUAAUUCUACGGCUAAGUACACGUUUGCGUCGACGGUAAGACAAAAGUCAAUGUGGAACAUGCUCGAGACAAGUAUGGAUAUGUUUGUGGAGAACUGUGCUCAACUUUUUAAAUACGCUUCUUCCCCUUAAGGAGUAAGCUAUACAGCCAUGUGUAUAAUUGGCUCAUUUUGGCAAACGAUUGUCGACAUUAACUUUUUUUUAUUAUUAGCAACUCGUUAAAUUAUUGCUAAUUCAUAAUCUAUUCAUUAAUGGUAAUUUGUGGUUCUCAAAAUAUCAUUUAACGUAAUUGAGUUGCCAGAAUUUAAAAUUAUACCCAAGUUAUUAAGAAUGGUUAAGUAACCAGACUAAAUACUUUUUUGUAACUAUUUUAAUUUGUAUUUUAAGGAAUAAUGACUUUAAAUUUGUUGUCUCUAGUAACUAGUAAUUUACUUCACUCUCUUUGACUUUUUUCUUCCUCGAGAAUGCAACAUCGUGUCUUUUAUGACCAUCGGUAAAUUAUAAAAGCGCCCUAUCAUUGUCGUUUCCACUCGCAUACAACUCAUAACACUUAUUGUAUGUGUAGUAUUUAUUUAAAAUAUAAAGAAGUCGUGUAUUAUACAUGUAUACAUACGUAUUAUACAUGUACUAGGUGACAUUUAGAUGUACUAUUUCAUACAUGUUUGGCGAUAUGAUCACAUUCACUUAAUACCGAAACCCGUCCCAGCCAAACUUUACAAAUGUACAUUUUCUUUGUUAAGUAGGCAAGAAAAUAUACUAAAAUAAUGUUUUAAUACAUUUUAGUAUAUUUUCAUGCCUACUUGUAAAUUGAUCUAAAAUCUGAUGAGUUUUAAACUGUAUUAAAUGUAAUUAAUAAGGAACGGGCAAUGUAAUAUAUUCUUUCUGCCUUAUUAUAGCAUUAUUGGUAGUCUAUAUGACAGAUUAUUAUAUUUGUCAACAUUUAAUACGAGUCGACUGUAUUGGAGCAUAUUAUUUGAUGUUAUAUUAAUUCAUUAGUCCUCUCAAAAAGAUCAAGGUAUGUACAUAAAAGAUAUUUUCUCAAAAUAUCAAUUUUUAUUCUUUUAAGUACAAAAAGAUAUAUAUUUUUAUGUGACAUGGUUUGAACAAAACGGAAAUAUAUAUAUAUAUAAACUGAGUGUAAAUGCGCUGGUUGUUUUAUACACGUAUAAUACAUGUUUGGCGUAGUGGAAACGCGGUGUUAAAUAAUUAUAUACAUGUCAUCUGUCGCACCUAUUGUAACCUGUAAUAUAUGGACAUUGUCAAUUUUAUAAUGCUGUACAAAUUGUAUGAUACUGUAUUGUAAAUCGGAAGAUCUAAUUUAUACGAUCUAUAUUGAACUAUAAUUAUAGAAGACUGAAAUUUUAUUUUAUAAUUAUUUCAUAUUAAAAAACUAUAGUUGGAAUAUGUGAAGACUUUUUGGUUGAUGUAAAAAAUUUUCUAUCGAACGUUUUGGUGUUAAGCGUUUCACAAGUGUGUGGAGGGGAGUAGUGUACGAUAAUUUGUAUAUAGUAGGAUAUUUUAAUUAUGCAUUUGUGCGGACUUAUCUUUUUGAAAUGCAUCAUAGUGUGAAUUGUAAAAUGAUACUCGACGUUCAAGUAUAACGCUGGCGCUUGGUAUUAUUUUAUUAGUCACAUAAACGUGCAAAGUAUUGCUUUUGAUAAUGCAUUAAGAGCGACGCUUAGCGAUAAAUAACGGUAUCAUCACAAUUAACAAUUUGCACGCUUAAUAACUAAGUUUAUAUGAUAUUAAAUUAAUAUGAUAUAGUGGACAGAGUGUGGAAUGAGAAUGUACUAUCAUUAGAAACAAAAGAGCAGUGUUGGAUACUAUAAAGCGUAGAAAGUUGCUGUACUUUGGUCUUAUAAUGCGAAGUAAAAAAUAUGGUCUUUUGAAAAUAAUUCAAGGAAUAAUCCAAGGCUGCCGAAGUCCAGGCAGGCGCCGCACAUCAUGGCUAAUGAACAUAAGGCCAGAAUAGUAGUAGACAAGUUUAAAAUCGCCACGAUGAUUGUAAACCUCCAGCAGGAGACAGACAGAUGAAGAAGAGUUAACAUUAAUUAUCAACACAAUUAUUUUUUGUUCGACAUAGUCGAUACCAAAAUUUGGUAACGUAGAUUAUUAAGCGUGUGAUUUGAUAGCGCCUGAAUUUCACAAAUGACGGUCACACAUUGUUAGGUUUAAAUUUAAAAUUAAAUGGUAUAAAUAGGGUACCUUGAUUCUAUUGAAUUAAAAAGCAAUAUUAUACUUGAUUCUAAUUAUAAUAUUCCAUUAGAAAUUAUAAUAUUCAAUUAUGCACAACCUACAAAUAUUGAAAAGUCAGGGGCCAUAACUAGUUGAUUUUUUUAGAAAGUUUUUAGCACUGCAUGUUGUAUGCUCUACUGUUGUAGGUGUACAUUAAAUUUUAUUAUUUAAUUUAGGGUCCAUUUCUUCACUAAAAAGUGAUGAAUGAUUGUUGUAAUUUCCAGUUAGUAUUAUAUUUGUUUAAAACUCGUAACAUUUUUAAGUUCUUUGAACUCAUGUCAAAAGUUUUGCAUGUAUGUAAUUAGUGAACACAGAAUCUAUACCAUAAAUUGCUAAAACAUCAUAAUUUUAAAAUAUAUUGUGAACAACAUUGCAUUUACCAGUAUCUGAUAUGCAAUGGCGAAGUUUCUCAAGUACUUUCGACCAGUGACAGCAAAAUUAGUUUUAAUUUUAAUAAGUAAUACAUUUUUUCCGACGAUUGGAAAACGUUGGUUCCUAUAGAUAGGUAUUUAACAAGAUGGGAAUUUCCUUUUAAUGUGAUACGUUUAAUUAUCAAUUAAUUAAAUGUAUGUUUAAUUUUGGUCUGUUGCAUGAUGUAUUGAUAGCAUUUUUGUAAUGUUAUUCUGCCCAUUUUAUAUUUAAUUUAAUUUUUAAAUUUUAUUUUCUUUGAAUGAAAUUCUAAUCAUCAAAGACUUAAACAUAAUGCAGAACUGACAGUGUCUGCAGUCACCAUCUUAACAAUAUUGUUUC